AAGGGGCUUAGUACUAUACUUGACUGGUUAGAGAAACAAGGAUUUAUCACUAGUUCUCCAAACUCGUGCUGAAGGUUAUUGUCAGCAUUGGCUUCAGACAAACCAGUAUGCGCAAUUAUGUCCCACAAAGAAGAAGUUUUGGACCUCUUGAUAAGGAUGUCUGAUGGAGCCAAUCCAAAAGACAAUCCUUCGACUGAUUUAAAACUUCUUCAAGAAGAAGUGUCCCUACUGUUUAACGUCAUUGAGACUAGCGAAGAAAUUCUUGUUACUAUUCAACCGCUGCUAAAGGAAUUGGUACAAAAGUCUAUAAGUCCGUUCAAGGUCAAGGACGGUCAGUGGCGUUUGCCACACAACUUACCUGCGAUGUCUCAAAAUUCAUCUCAUAGAUAUAUACCUUCUCUGCCAGAACUGGUUCAACGAGGGAAUUAUGUUCUUGACAAUAGGAAGACACGGCGGGGAGAUUGUGCCAAAGUCACUAGACCCAAGAAGAAGCAUGGCACUUUGAUCCCUGGAAUAUUUUUGUAUUCUUUGUCACCACGGUAUAUGUUAUGGAUUCGAAAUAAUGAGGGAUCACGAAUCACCAAAUAUCCCAUUUACCAUUUUACGAACACGUCUUCCUGA